UUGUUUUCUUAUCUAGUAAAUAGGCUUGAAAGUUGAGCAGUUUUGUUUGAUUCCAUAAUUCACAUCAGAGUGGUUGUAUGUCUGAAAUUUGAAAUAGGUCCAUUACAUUUUGUCUGAUACUUCUAUAGUUUAAUUUCCUUGCAUCCAAUUAUUUGAAACACCAUUUCUCCUCCUGCAUUCUUGAUUUUAUAACAAGGAUGUGCAGAACCAUGUUGUACAAAAUGGUUGUUCUUUUUGUCAUCCUCCUCAACAGCUAUGUCACUCGGGCUUCUGAUCCGGAUCCAGUUCAGGACUUCUGCAUAGCCAACACAGAAUCUGCAAGCCAUGCCAAGCAAUGCAAGAACUCAUCCCUUGUAACAGUAGAAGAUUUUGUAUAUGCUGGCAUUAAGGUUCCUGGAAAAUUUGGUCCAACAGGGCUCUCUGCAGUUUCAGUGAACUCAAAUGUCUUCCCAGGAUUAAACACACUUGGCAUGUCACUUGUCCGAGCUGAUUUUGAAGUUGGUGGUGUAAAUGUGCCACAUUUCCAUCCAAGGGCCACUGAGAUUGCAUUUGUGCUUGAAGGAACGAUUUAUUCGGGUUUUGUUGAUACAAAUAACAAGGUUUUUGCUAAAGUGAUUAAGAAGGGUGAGGUGAUGGUGUUUCCAAGGGGUCUCGUGCACUUUCAAAUGAAUGUUGGUGAUACUCCAGCAACUAUAUUGGGGAGUUUUGACAGCCAAAAUCCUGGAUCGCAGAGAAUUCCAGCUGCAAUUUUCGGAUCUGGGAUUAAAGAAAAGCUCUUGGAGAAGGCUUUUGGAAUGAGUUCUAAGGAAAUUUCCAAGUUGAAAAAGAAGCUUAGUCCCCAUUGAUACAGCUAGAAGGGCCAAAUUUCUUAGCCAUUGAACUGCAACGUGUAUCCUAAUCAGUAGGAUAAAUUUUGCUGGUGAGGAGAUGGUGGGCAGAGUGCAAUGCAAAAAAGUCUUCUUUGGCAUCAGUUUUCUUUACUGUAUCCAGAAAUUGCCUCUACUUACCUGCUAAAUCCUUCCAAUAUUGGUUUUAUUCUUUUUUAUUUGCAAACCAACAGAGGGAAGAAAAAUAAAAAAAAGAAUUUUACUUGCUUCUAAAUCCAUAAUCAACAUGCUGUUACGAAAUUUUUUUAAGUUCUAGCCAUUUUUCCUUAUAUUUAGAUAAUAAAAAAAGGAAAUAAAAAAAGAGAGGUACAUUUUGAUUUAAAA